AUGGGUAUCGAUCUCGACCGCCACCACGUGCGCAGCACGCACCGCAAGGCUCCCAAGAGCGACAAUGUGUACCUCAAGCUUCUCGUGAAGCUGUACCGCUUCUUGACCCGUCGCACCGACUCCAACUUCAACAAGGUCAUCCUGCGCCGUCUCUUCAUGUCGCGCAUCAACCGCCCUCCCGUCUCCAUCUCCCGCAUUGUCGGCAACCUGGACAAGGAGGACAAGCGCACCGUCGUCAUCGUCGGCACCGUCACUGACGACAACCGUCUCCUGACCGUCCCCAAGCUGACCGUCGCUGCCCUGCGCUUCACCGCCACCGCCCGCGCUCGCAUCACUGCUGCCGGCGGCGAGGCCAUCACCCUCGACCAGCUUGCCCUCCGUGCCCCCACCGGUGGCAACACCCUCCUCCUCCGCGGACCCAAGAACUCCCGUGAGGCCGUCAAGCACUUUGGCAUGGGUCCCCACAAGCACAAGAAGCCCUACGUCGAGUCCAAGGGCCGCAAGUUCGAGAAGGCCCGUGGUCGCAGAAGGUCCCGCGGUUUCAAGGUCUAA